AUGGUUUCCUUUACCACCCUCUUCACCGCCGCCACGGCCCUCGUUGGUACGGCCCUGGCUGCCCCCGGUGAGCUCAUGCGCCGACAGUCGACCCCUAGCUCGACCGGUACCCAUGACGGAUACUACUACUCUUGGUGGACCGAUGGCGGCUCCAAGGUGACUUACACCAACCAGGCCGGCGGCCAAUACAGCGUUCAGUGGUCUACUGGUGGCAACUUUGUCGGUGGCAAGGGCUGGAACCCUGGUGGCCCCAGGACCAUCAACUACUCGGGUACCUACAGCCCCAACGGCAACAGCUACCUCGCCGUCUAUGGUUGGACCACCAGCCCCCUCGUCGAGUAUUACAUUGUCGAGUCCUACGGCACGUACAACCCCUCUUCGGGCGCCACCCGGAUGGGUUCCGUCACCUCCGAUGGCGGUACCUACGACAUCUACGUCUCCACCCGCACCAACGCGCCUUCUAUCCAGGGCACCAGCACCUUCAGGCAGUACUGGUCCGUCCGCACUUCCAAGCGCGUCGGCGGCACCGUCACCACCGGUAACCACUUUAACGCCUGGGCUCAGGUCGGCCUCAACUUGGGUACUCACAACUACAUGAUCGUUGCCACCGAGGGAUACUACAGCAGCGGCUCUGCUACCAUCAACGUCGGGUCGUCCAGCAGCGGCGGCGGAAACACUGGUGGCGGCAACACCGGUGGCGGCAACACUGGCGGUGGCUCUACCACCUGUGCUGCUAAAUGGGGACAGUGUGGUGGCCAGGGUUGGGCCGGCGCCACUUGCUGCGCUUCCGGGUCUACCUGCCAGGCCGCGAACCAAUGGUACUCCCAGUGCCUCUAA